GUGGCUAACUGGAACGCUAGUUAGCUCAAUGCAGACUUGAUGAGAAUUAAUAUAUUUUCUACAGUCGUUCCGCGGCAGCUUCUCCAGUAUUGUAAAGGACGCCCGUCUAGUCUCCACGUUUUUACUUGUUAAGCCGGCUAAUCAUUUACGGAGGAAGUUUUUAUUUGCAUUCGCAGGAGAGUUUCCGUUUUCUCACGUGCAUCAUCAGAAAAAUGGAGAUUUCUGCUGAGAUAAAAUCAAACAGCUUUCUGCUGGACGCUUCUCUGCUGUAUAAGGAUAGCUGCCCGGAGUUAUCUCGCUUCUACAUGCAGGGGUCCUUGAAGGCUAACGGACCUCUGAAACAAAAAUUCUCCAGUAUGCUGCACAACACUGUGGUGUGUCCGUACUGUUGCCAGUGGCUCCACCCUGACAAUCACCAUGUGCGGCUGAGGCCCAAGCAGCGUCCAUCAGCACGGGUGCAAAGUGUCCUGCUUAGGAAGGCCAGAGGCAAACGGCUCAGCCUGGUGCAGAAAAAUCUGCUCUGCCGCUUCCAGAAGUCCUCGUCGGUACUGAUGGCCACCUGCCAUGCCUGCAAUAAGACAUCCAGGUACAAGGGGGUGAACAGGGAUUUUAUAGCUACCUUUGCUAAGACCCACAACACACCAGGGAGUGCUGGCAAGCACAAAACCCCACAGUCAACCAGCAGAUCCAACAUGAAUGCCCCCAAGACUCCUGGCAAGGACAGGACGCCUGCUCAUACACCUAGAUUCUCCUCCUCCUCCUCCACCUCCACCACCACCACCACCACUUCAGGAUCAGGCUCAGCUUCCUCCAAGCCUCCUAAAAUUAGAAACUGGGUUGUCCGACGUCUAAGCAAGAUUCUCCAGCGAGAGGACAACCAGGGCACCAAGAAGGGGGGCUUGAAAGAUUUUCUCUCCUCACUUUGAGCAUCUUAAGAUUAUAUGUGCUUUAUCUUUGUGAAUACUCUUAAAAAACAAAGAAAUGGGAGGAGGCCCGUGUUGUAAUCUGUGUACUCCAGAGCAUCAGAACUUGAGAAACUAGUUGAGUUUCCAAGCCAGUGAAAAGGCAUACAGUUUGUCCAACAGCGCGACAGUUGCUGGGCGGAUUGGAGCGGCGCUCCUGGAAUCCUGAAUUGUAACCGGGGGCACUGAGGUCGCUAUUUCAGCUGUCAGUCAGUUUCUGCAUCUUCUGCACAGUCAGAAAGACGGGCGGACUUCUUUUCAUCUAAUUUAACACAUCCCCCGUUUGUAAACUCCCGAACUGUGGAUGUUGAAGGAUUAUAAAGUAUUUAUUUAUCAAAUUGCCGAAGCAUCACAAGAAAUCCAACUUUUCUCUGUGGUGGCAUUUGUGGCAUGAUGAGCUGGUUUACAUAUAUAUUUUCUCCAUUUUCUAAUGUUACAAAAAUAGAUUUAUAUAGAAAAUAUAUAUCUUUAACUACUAUUCAUGCUAUUUGAUGUUCAAACUUUUGUAUUUGAUUUAUUUACUUAUUUCAGCUUUCAGUUCUCUCCAGUGGGGACAUUUUUCUAUUUUUUUUUUUUUAAUUACAAAGUUGAAAUAUAGAAGUGAUAAAUGUAAAUAUCUCAUUGUUACAUAUUUGUAAAUGCAUACAAAUCAAUCACCAAUGAAAAUAUUUGAUUAUCAUUCAGAAUGGGACUCACCAGUCGCUGUUUACAAUGAAAAGGCACAUCUGCCAAACAUCUGUAGACUUAAAAUUAGUGUCAUCUAAACUUACUUUCUUUGGCUACAUGCUUUUGCACCAUCGCUCUAUUAAAUAUGACUUGUGUGUUUUUUAUAAUGUCUGAUUACUUACGCUGUUGUAGAUUAGCUGUUCAGUGAACACACAUUUGUUUAAAUCCUGAAAUACCUCACAUUUAUAUUUCACUGUGAAAUACCUGAAAUAAAACUGUGACUUUCA